CUAGUCUAAAGUUUCAAUUUGCAUUUGAUUCCAUUGAUGUUUUGUAUCCUCCUGAAUUUUACAUAAGGAAAGUAUUUUGUUCUGAUGAUGGUUAUUCACACCAAACAUCAUAAAUUGUUCAUCUUGAAUUGAACAAAACCUGCAGGAAGGCUAAUGAGGAAUACACCAAAUACUUGGUUAAGCUCAUGGACAAAAUAUUUGAGUACUUAUCAGUAGGGCUAGGUCUCGAGAAGCAUGUGUUGAAAGAGGCGUGUGGCGGCGAAGAGCUGAGGCUACUAGCGAAGAUCAACUAUUACCCGCCGUGCCCCCGUCCCGACCUAGCCCUCGGGGUGGCUCCGCACACCGACAUGUCGACGCUUACGCUGCUCGUACCCAACGACGUCCCUGGGCUGCAGGUCUUUAAGGACGAUCACUGGUUCGACGCCAAGUACGUCCCCGACGCCAUCAUCGUCCACAUCGGUGAUCAACUUGAGAUCUUAAGUAAUGGAAAGUACAAGAGCGUGUUGCAUCGGACGACCGUGAACAAGGAAAAAGUGCGGAUAUCGUGGCCGGUAUUCUGCGAGCCCCCGGGAGAGCUCGCGAUCGGGCCGCUGCCUCAGCUCGUCGACAACGAGAAUCCGGGGAAAUACAAGACCAAGAAGUUCAAGGACUAUCAGUAUUGCAAGAUUAAUAAGCUCCCUCAGUAGAAAUAUUUGUAGUUUUAUAUACAUUAAAUGAUGCUAUCCAUGAACGUUUAGUUCAUUGAUGAAUGUUUAGCUAUACGUUGCACGUACGUGUUAAACAUCAACGGCUAGUUACUAUUUUAUACACAUAAAUGUUUACCGCCAAUAUUGUUGCACCACUUAUCAGUUUGAUAAUAGGUGAGGUAAGAGAUGGGAAUACGAAAGAAAAAGAGUUUAUAAUUAA